AAUGUACCCUGUUUUCGUUACAGCCGUAGGAGUGCCUGUGCAUCACUUUAAAUCUUCCCCCUCCAAACUAAGCUCUGCUGGAAAGAACCGGCUGCCAGUAGGUGGCAGACUGCGGUCUGGUGGGAAUAUGCACAUUUUCUUUUAUCUCUGGAGGAGAGAGAAAGAAGAAGUUGGCGCCAACAGCCACACUUUGCCUCCUUUUUUGGCGUACCUCACAGUUCCAAGCUGGCAAAAACCACUGGAUUACAAGAGUGUCUUUGGAAUAAAAUCGCCAUACUUUCUACUGUUGUAAGGUUGCAAGAGCCAUGCCUUUAAGAAGAAGGUACAACACAGCCAACCAGGUACAUCCAUCUGUGAGUGCUGAUGGCAGUGCUGGAUCUGCACAGGUGGAACAACUUGACAAUGUAGAGGGUAAAGGAGAAACGCCAGGAACUCCAUCUACGUUGGCUCCAACUGCUACAGCAAUAAUUCAGCAGCUAAGAGACAAAAUUACUGUCCUUGAAGAUGAAAGAAAUUUCCUCAGAGAACAGCUGAAAAAAGCACUGGAUAACAUCCCUACUACUUCAGCAAAACGACAUCAUUCCCCCUCAAGUUCCAGUUCCUCAGAUUCAUCAGCCUCAGACUCUGAGUCGUCUUCUUCACCGAGUGACGGGAAAAAGAGCAAGAAGGCCAAGAAGAAGAAGAAGAAGAAAGUGUCACAGUUUGGCAAAAGAAUGAAACACCCAGAAGAUGUCAAACACAGGUAUAUGUUUGUUCUUAAAACAUUCAAGAAAACACACAGCCUGAACCGAAGUUGUGAAAAACUCAACGUGGAUCGAAACACUAUUGCCUACACAGCCGUCAUUGCUGAAGUCCUUUUGGUAGCGGACAGCGAGGAGAAAUGUAGGGUUCCACCCUUUACUGGCGGCUCACUCCUUAAGUAUGCAAAAGAGGUGAAGGUUUUCCUUGAUGAUGAGCCAGAGUUAAGAGCAAGAAUAGACAAAAAGAAAAAAGAGAGAGAGUUGUUGCCCAUCUCUUACAAAAUCAAAGGGAAUUAGGAAGUUCUUCUUGCUUUUUUCUAUUUUUUUGUCACAACCUUUUGAGAAAAUGUUUGCAGUUUUAACAUGAAUAGUUUAGUUAAUGAGAAGUCUGUUUUUUCCAGCUAUUUCCAGGAUUGGAUGAUGUUUUAUUAAUUUCUUUGUGAUAACUAUUCAUGUGUGAUAAGUUUUUCUUUGAAUAUUACCCAUAAGAAGUGAAACCAUAGGGUUGUUUUAUUGAUUUACUUUGUUUUAUUUUUUCGCAUGUCUUUGUGUUGUUGAUGUUGGUUGUUUGUUUGUAUUUUCAUUUUGUAAAUCCUGAUCUCAUAUCUUAGAAUACAAUAUUUCUUUAUUUACUUAUGUUCAGGCAUUGAUCAAGUUAUCAUUUUUAUAAGGUUGCUUCAAGUUUAUCCAUGUUGUGUUAUACAGACAUUGCUUUGUUC